UUUUAAAGACGUCAUGAUGUGCAUGACCGGGACCCGGCGAUUCACCGAGUUCGAAGCUUUGCAGGACGCUUUCAACGCACUCAGCAAAAUCAGCGGAGACAAGAUCGAGGUGAGCAACUUGCCGUCGGCUCUGAAGGCCAUGGGGAUCCAUUUAACUCCCAGGGAGCUGCAAGAAGCCCUGACGUCCUGCCCUGCUGACGAAUCGGGGAGGGUGAAUGUGAAGGAAUUCAUGAAGGUUUUGACCAACAUCCCCCGCUUCUCUGAAUAUGUAGCACUGCAGGACGCCUUGGAGACUGUCAGCAAGAUCAAAGAGGAUAAGGUCCCUGUUUCUCAGCUGGAGCAAACCCUCAACAGCCUGGGAGUUCAUCUGCCCAAAGAGUCACUCCAGGAGGGGCUAACGACCGCUGCCGUUGAUGGGGAUGGAAAGGUGAAUUUCAAAGACUUUCUCACCUCCUUGGGCGAUACCCAGAACUUCUCUGAGCUGGAAGCAUUGCAGAAUGCCACCAACAUUGUCAGCGGGAUGCAGGGAGGUAAGAUUCACCUGGACGACCUGAAAUCCACCCUGGAAAAUCUGGGCAUCUCGUUAAAGGAGGCAGAGCUCCAGGAGACACUGAAGGCCGUUGCUGUUGAUGAGCGCGGGACCGUGAACCUGAAGGAGUUCCUGACGGCUCUCGCCAGCAUCCCGCACUUCUCGGACUCCGCGGUGCUGCAGGACGCCAUCGGGGCUUUCAGCAGGAUCAAAGAGGACAAAGUUGAUCUGCAGGACAUGGAUUCCAUUCUGGCCAGCUUGGGGAUCAGCGUGUCCAGCGAGGAGCUGCAGGAGGCUUUGCAGGAGAUUUCCCCGGACGAUGCUGGGAAGGUGAAUUUCAAAGAAGUUCUGACGACUUUGAUAAACACCCAGCGCUUCUCAGAAACUUCAGCCAUGCAGGAGGCCUUGGAUGUCAUCAGCAAGGUUGAGGGUGACAAAAUUGCAGUUUCUCACCUGGAGUCGGCCCUGGCUAACAUAGGGAUCACUUUACCCAAGGGAGAGCUGGAGGAAGCGCUGAAGCACGCUACAGUGGAUGGAGACGGGAAGGUGAAUUUUAAAGAAUUUCUGAAGGGUUUGACCAGCACCAAACGUUUCUCCAGAACCCUAGAGAUGGAAGGGGCCGUGAAAGCCAUUGGCGUGAUCAAAGAGGACACAGUGGACGUUCAUCACCUGGAAUCCAUCAUGCGCAACAUGGGGAUUCAUUUAACCCCGGAGGAGAUUCAGAAGGCGCUGAAGCACGUUACCUGUGAGGAAGGUGGGAAGGUGAAUUUGAAAGAUUUCAUGACCGGUUUGACCAAGACCCGGCGAUUUUCCCAAGCUGAAAAGGACAGGGUUGAUGUCCGGGACCUGGACUCCAUUCUGGACAACAUGGGGAUCUACCUGACGAACGAGGAGCUGCAGGAAGCCCUGAGGCACGUUACGGUUGAUGCGGACGGGAAGGUGUAUCUGAGCAAAUUUCUGCAGGGCGUGAGAGCCCUCCGGCGAUUUUCCCACAGUGAAGGGAAAAGGGUUGAUAUCAGAGACCUGGACUCUCUUCUGGCCGAAAUGGGGAUGCACUUAACACAGGAAGAGCUCCAAGAAGUGCUGAAGCACGUCAUUGUGGACGGAGACGGGAAGGUAAAUGUGAGUGACUUUACGAAGAACGUGAUCAGCACACGGAGGGCUUCCAAAGCUGAGAGGGACAGGGUUGCUACGAGUCACCUGGACUCCAUUCUGGGCAACAUGGGAAUCUUUUUAACUGAAGAGGAGCUCCAGGAGGCGCUGAAGCACACGGAAAUAGACGCGGAGGGGAAGGUGAAUUUGAGUGAAUUCAUGAAGAGUGUCCAGCGAUUGUCCGAAGCCGAAGGGGAAAAGGUUGAUGUCGAUAACCUGGACUCCAUUCUAGCCAACAUGGGGAUCCAUUUAACUGCUGAGGAGUUUCAGAAGGCGCUGGGGGGUGUUACUCGUGGUGCCGACGGAAAGGUGGAGCUGAAACACUUUAUGGAGAGCGUGAUGGGCACCCGGCGGCCUUCCCAGUGUGAAAGGGAUACGGUGGAUCUCCAGAACCUGGACUCCAUCCUGGACAGCAUGGGGGUCCAUUUAACCAAUGAGGAGCUGCAGGAGGUGCUGACACAUGCUACUGUUGAUGCCAAUGGGAAGGUGAAUUUGGGCGAAUUUAUGAAGGGGGUGAAGACUAUCCAGAAAUUGCCCCCAGGUGAGGAGGACAAAGUGGAUGUGGGGAACCUGGACUCCGUGCUGGCCAACAUGGGGGUCCAUUUAACCCCGGAGGAGCUGCAGGAGGCGCUGAAGCACUGCCCCGUUGACAGAGACGGGACAGUCGGCCUGAGCGCGUUUAUGAAGAGCGUGAUGAGUACGCGGAGACCGUCCCAGGCUGAAAAGAAACCUCAGACGACCUUUGGCCCGAUCUCUGAAACCAAUAUGACACUGAAAUCCCUGCCGAAGAAGAUGAUGUUGAAACCCCUGCCAAAAAAGACCAGCGGCAGGGAGUUAUCUGGCAUCCUCCUAGACAGGAAUAAGUGCAAAGCAGCAAAGAACCUGACCAAGGACCAGCUAGAAGCUUUCCACCAGGCCUACAGUUUCUUCAGUAAGGACGCAGAUGGCAAUAUUGACCUACAAGGCUUGGAGACGACUGCAGAGAAGCUGGGGAUUAGUUUAACCGAACAAGAGGCCUACGACGAGCUGUCAUAUGCCGAUAUGGACGGAGAUGGGAAGGUGAACUUCUCUGAUUUUCUGACCAUUGUCAGCGACAACAAGCGCUUCAUCCAGGCUGUAGCCCCCGAGAAAGGCUGCCUGGAGGACUUUGAUUCCAUCGACGCCACUGGAAUCCUGCUCUUUGAGGUCCUGUCAAAGCUGGUGGAAAUGUCGGCUCUGCCAAGGAAGGCCAUGCUUGAAAUAGUCAGUUACUACCGGCAGAAGUUCCUGGCGUCCACUGGCAGGAGGGCCUGGAUAAAUGCUGGCGGCUCAAUGGAGCACAGGAAGGGGCUCCACGCUCUCAGAAAAUCCCCAGCUCCUCAGCGAGGCAGAAUCACUCCUAUGUCUGCCUUUGCAGGCGCUGCCCGCAUCUCAGUGAUGAAUGACAAAGAGCUGGAAGCCUUUGUGGAAACCCUCAGGGCAAGCAGUGUCCCCUCCGACAGUCCUUAUGCUCAGGUACCCAUCUUCCCAUGGCUUCCCAACCGGGAUGGAAUGUCAAUACCGAAGCCGAAAAAAGACUUACAGAAGCUGGAGAUGCAGAGAAGGAAAGAACCUAUAUCGUCCUUUGAAAACCAUUUUUUCCAGAAAAGAAACUGGCUGCGCGAGGCAACUGCAUUCAAACCUCCCAAUUACUUCAGAGACAAGAAAAACUCCCUUAGUCUCGGCCCUCACUUGAUGGAGAGGCGGCACCGUUUGACUAUAGAAGACCUGGGUGAGAUACGACUAGAUGUGAAGAGGGUCACUGAAAUGUACAAGCAGGGGAUGGCGCUCAAGGAGAGGAACAGGAUGCUGAGACUGUGGCGGAGGUUGCACGGUGGCCAGAUCGGGCUGGAGUCAGGGAACCACAGCUUCUACCACACUUUCUCCACCUACUCCUGGUCGUGGAACGCUCGCCAAGAGCUGGUGACACCCAACGAACUUCAGCAGUACGAUAACAAACUGUACCGCAGAGAACAUCCCUCAGCCCGCUCCGAUGACAGUGAAGUCAAGGGUGGGAUAAGGAAAGGAAAAGAGAGGAAAUAAGAAGAGCCAUGCUGCUCCAUUUUCUUAACAUCACUGUUGACUACUGUCCUCCUUCCCAUCCCAUUAUUUUUCCCUAUAACAGUCUCAGGCUCUUACACAGGUCACACUGUCCGAGGGUAGGAAAGCAUUGUUUCCCCUUUGCAUACUGGUUAAUACAAUGAGAAUUAAAAGAGAAACAUGUUUUUCUU